AUGCGUCACUGCGUGUGGUACUUAGCUAGUGCUUACCCGGCACAAGGGUCGAAGCUCACACCCGAGAGAUUGGAUGCUGCGUUUGAUGUACUACACUUGUUUGGAUCUACUAGAACGGGCUCCAACCCUCACGCAUCACGCUUCGUGUCCCUGACCUCGUUGGACUUCGACGGCGGCGGUGCUCUGGCUGCAGCGUCAGUACAGAUCCUUCUGCCCGACCUCAAGCCUGGCCAGGCACCGCUAAGGGCACUGCAUACCCUCUACCACGGUUGCGACGGUCGUCUUCGCCGCGAGCUUCUCUUCGACCAGGCUCCCAUCACCACUCCGAACCCCUUCAUGAGCUCCACAGAGAAGGCGGACGCUCCCACUGAGUUCUCAGCGCUGAAGGAAGCGCUGCAGCUGCUGGCUGUCACUGAGAACGAGCAGAUGGCCAUCUGGAAGAUCAUGGCUGCUAUAUGCCAUUUGGGAUGGGCGGGCGCUGUUAAGGCUAACACCGGCUCAGGUCUCAAAUAUCAGUUCGCGAGCACGGGUUGCGGACAGCGCGCCGCCAGACUACUGGGGGUCGGUACUGAGGAGCUGGCCAGGGCUGUGUUUGUCACAGUACCUACAUCGCCACAGACUAACUCCAAUCUAAGAACUCCAUCACCGUCGAACGAGCGUGAGAUGUCUGGCACGGAGGCUGUGGACGCGUUCGUCACUGGCUUAUAUAAUGAGACCUUCAAUAUAGUAGCUGCUUUAGUUAACAGGCAAGUGAGCCUGUCGACGUCGGCCCGCACGGCGGCGUCCAUCCUGCUGCUGGACUCGCCGGGCGCCGACAACCCCAUGUGUGCCGGCCAGCAGAGCGGGGCGCCGCUGUCUAAGCUACUGUCUAACUACUUGCAGGAACGUUUGCAAGCGAUGUUCCACGAGGCUCUGCUCGUGGCUCCGCGCGAGAGAUACUCCCAGGAAGGAAUCACACUUGAUGAUGGAACUGAAGAAGACUGGCUGUCAGAGACAGUGAACCCCGGUCCGAUGGUGGAGUUGCUGGACAAAGCGCCACAGAACACUAUAGUACGCAGCUCACAGGCUGACCUGCGGGAGUGUGACCGCAGAGGAUUGUUGUGGCUUCUAGACGAAGAAUCAAUGUACCCUGGGUCGUCCGACGACACGUUCCUGGAGCGCGUGAUGACCCACUACGGCGCGCCCAACCACACGCACUACCUCAUCAAGAAGGCGCCGCAUGCCAGGCAGUUCGUGUUGCAGCAUUUACAGGGAACAAACCCAGUUCUAUACGAUGUCACUGGCUGGGUGAAGGCAAGUCGAGAGAACCCAGUUACAAAGAAAGCUUUGACCCUACUGCAAGAGAGUCAGAACGAGGACAUAGGCCGGCUGUCGUCGUGGUCGCGCGGCGCGUGCGGCGUGGGCGCCUGGUCGGCGGCCGCCGCGGACGCGGGCACGCUGCGCCGCGCCAGCUCCAUACGGAGGACGCUCACUUCCGGCACAGCGGGCAUGAAGCGUCGUUCGACAGCGUUGCAAGCGAAGUUCGUGGCGGACGGCAUCGUGGACACGCUGCGGCGCUGCGGCGCGGGCGGACUCAGCUUCGUGUGCUGUCUGCUCGCGCACCACCACGACCUGCACCACGACCUCAACGUCACACUGCUGCGCUCGCAGUUCCGUGGUUUCCAAUUACUGGACGCGGCGCGCCUGUACAAGCAAGGCUUCCCUGAACACAUGCCGCUGUCAGAGUUCGCUAGAAGAUACCGUCUCCUGGCAACGUCAGACACGGAAGACUCGGACACAGUGCAGCAGCCAGCACUCUCCGACCGACAGAUCGUGGACGACAUGCUGCUGUCUCUGGACCUGGACGUGACCAGCUACAGGCUUGGAUUGACUCAGGUCCCCAAAAAGAUAAUGGUGUGCCUGUCUGACUGA